CUUCUCUUGGACGCAGCCACGCACGGACCUUCGUCGCUCGCCUCCCUCCCCUCCCCCCUUGCCUAAAUGUUAUCACGGAUAUUGGUGGUGGCUGCGGCGGCGGGCGCUGGCGGCGGCCGCGGCUGUGGAACCAGGCGCGGCGGUGGAUCCGGGCACGGCGGUGGAGGAGCCGGGAGCGAACAGAGAAGGAAAAUUGUCGCUUCCCCACAUGUUCCAUAUUGUGACCUUUGACAACGGCCCGUGUCACGCUAAGACUGGAGAACACGGCACCUGUUUUAGCCAGAAGGAGUGUGACGGCCUUGGGGGGUCUGCCUCGGGUACCUGCGCUAAUGGCUUCGGUGUCUGCUGCGUCUUGACAGUGACUUGUGGUAAAACUAUAAGCGUUAACAAUACAUACUUUGUUAAUGAGAACCACCCUGGGACAAUUACAUACACUGGAGCUGAUUACGAUAGUCUGGGACACCUGCAAUCCACGGCCAAUCUGUACGGCACCCCAAGCACUUGUUACGUCACGCUGGAGCCGCCCUAUGGGACGUGCCAAAUUCUGCUGGAGUUUGUGGACUUCGAGCUGAGCGGGCCCACUCAAGGGGACUGCACCAAUGACACAUUUGUUGUACACGGCGCCAACCCAGGAUGCGAUAUUCCGACCCUCUGUGGCAACAACGCGGGGCAGCACAUGUACGUCGACGUGGACAACUCCCAGGGACCCUUCAAAUUGGCGGUGCUGCUGUCCAGUCUUCACGUCCCUAGGCGGUGGAAGAUAAAAGUAUCCUUUAUUGAAGCGACCAAUCCCUGCAAGGCCCCCGCACGCUGCCUUCAGUAUUACAAGGAAACUUCAGGGUCAAUCAGCUCGUUUAACUACCACGGGACGCCAGGAAUGAUGCUAAACAACCAGAAAUAUACCAUCUGCUUCGCCUAUGUGCCUGGCUACUGUGACAUUGGUAUCGACUUCCACCGGCUCGACCUUGGCAACACGUAUGGGGAGUGUACAGAUGACUAUGUGGCUGUUAGUCAUAUGAAGUUCUGCGGGGAUCACCAGCAACUGUCCGUCGUUGCCAACGCGACGGGGCCCAUUCACAUUGGCGUCUGCACGGAUGACAGCAACGAGAAGGAAGAGGAAGGCUUUUAUGCACAGUACCUCAUGCUGGGGUGUCAUUAACCUCUCCCUGACCUACCCUGACCCCACGUGACCUACCCUGACCUCUGACCUACUCAUUAUUCAAAACCCUUAAGGAAAUUUAUAAAAAAACCGAUUUAUUUUUUCUAAGUCGUGUUUUUUUAAUGUUUUCUGUUUUUUUUUAUGUUUUUUUUGUAUUUUUUUUUUAUUGUUAAGACUCUCAGUUGACUGUUGUUGUUGUUGUUUGUUGUUCAUGAUUUGAAACACUCACACGCACACACACACACACAGCUCCUAUUUAUUUAUAUCAUAUUAAAACCUCAUUUCUAUUUCUUUUUCAAUUAUUUUUUAUUAUUAUUUCAUCACUUUUCUUCUCUCAUAGCAUAAACAAACCUCCACGUGUUUAUCUUAAAGGAACCACACAGCAUUCUUCGUCUUCCGUUCUCUCAUACACACACACACAGCUCCUAUUUAUUUAUAUCAUAUUAAAACCUCAUUUCUAUUUCCUCUUCAAUUAAUUUUAUUAUUAUUUCAUCACUUUCCUUCUCUCAUAGCAUAAACAAACCUCCGUGUGUUUAUCUUAAAGGAACCACACAGCAUUCUUCGUCUUCCGUUCUCUCAUACACACACACACAGCUCCUAUCUAUUUAUAUCAUAUUAAAACCUCAUUUCUAUUUCCUCUUCAAUUAUUUUUUAUUAUUAUUUCAUCACUUUCCUUCUCUCAUAGCAUAAACAAACCUCCACGUGUUUAUCUUAAAGGAACCACACACCAUUCUUCGUCUUCCGUUCUCUCAUACACACACACACAGCUCCUAUCUAUUUAUAUCAUAUUAAAACCUCAUUUCUAUUUCCUCUUCAAUUAUUUUUUAUUAUUAUUUCAUCACUUUUCUUCUCUCAUAGCAUAAACAAACCUCCACGUGUUUAUCUUAAAGGAACCACACACCAUUCCCGCCUUUCCGGUCGCUCAAGAUGGCGGGUGCGACAAGAUGUAUUAUACUGUAUCAUAAUUAUGUGGGCUGCAAGAGACUUUGUAUAGAACUGUACAGAUGAUUCCUUUUUUUCUUAUUAAUUAGUAUUUUUAGUUGUGUAUUUCAUUCAUUUUAUUUAUUUAUUUAUUUAUUUUUUUUUUUGUUUAUUUAUUUUUUUUUUCGUUAGGCUAUUAAGUUUUUUUUUUUUUACUUUAAUUUCAUCUUUUUGCUGUUGUUGUUGUUGUUGUUGUUGUUCAUUUAUUUGUUAUUGUUGUUGAUGUCGAUAAUUUGUUUUCCUUCAGGUUUCCACAAGGUUGUAAUUUAUCCCUUAUUUAUUUACUACUUUUUUUUUUAUAUAUAUAUAUUUUUUGUUUAGAUUUUAGUAUCACAAUUAUUUAUUUAUUUAUUUCUUAAUUUAUUUCUUAUCUCGUGUGAAUGUGAGAGUGAGAGAGUGAGUGAGUAAUUAUUUUUUUUAUAUAAUAGCAUAACUUUUAAAUACUUAUUACUAUUUUAACAUAUAAGCUAAGUUAUUCCUUUAAUUAAUGACGAUGUUAAGCUUUAUUAUUAUCAAUGGAGAAAAAGAAGGAAAAUAUUCACGAAAGCUCAGGGCAAUUCUUAAAGGAACGGCAAGAGAUUUGAAAAUAUACACAGAAAUGAAAAGUUAAAAGAACGAUAGACUGAAAAUGAAGUAGAAAAAUAAUAAUAAUAAUAAUGAAAUGAAGAAAAUAUAAUUAAUGAUAAACGCAAGAGAAAUAUUUAUAUCGUUGUCUGUCUAUAUGUAUGUCACUGUUUGAAAAUAAAGAAAAUGUAAGAUUGAAAAAAAAAAAUAAUAAUAAUAGAAAAAUAGAAUACGAGAUCAAAGAUUUAAUAAACUUCAUAACAUAACAAAA